AUGGACGGCACAGCAAACAGCUCCGUGGGCAACGCAUGGAGGGAGAAUGGCAAUCUGCCGUCCUUCUCCCGCGGCUUCAACAUGUUCAUGGCGCCGAUCGACGCCGACGGCGUGGAGCUGGGCGUCGACGACGGCUUUUUCGUUCCCUCGUAUCUGUCCGAUUCGACAUAUGUCCGCAAGUUGAAGGAGGCACACCGCUCCAAGCUGCAGUCUCUGAGAGAAACAAAGCCAUCAACGUCCAACGGGGCCGCUACAAAGACGCCUGGCUUGAAUCACCAGGCCCUGCCCCCAGGCUCGCAUCGCGGCAUGUCACACAGCGUCAUCGAGCGGCCCCCUCCGUUUGAGGAAGAUGACACCAUGGCUCCGUUACCAUCGCGGUGGAACAAGGAUGACAUGUUCGGCGGUAUCGAUUUGCUGUCAGACGGUCGUUCGGUAAAGUACACCGCGCCGAGGAGCCCCCACGAGCGCGACCAUGAGGCCUCGGCCGUACGGGCAGAUCACUACAUGCCCCCUCAAUGCGGCAUCUACUACUACGAGGUCAGCAUUAUAUACGGCAAACGUGACGACACGACGAUUGCCGUCGGGUUCGCGACAAAGAAUGCAUCGACUUCGCGCCCUAUUGGUUGGGAACCCGAAUCCUGGGCCUAUCACGGUGACGAUGGCCGCUCCUUUACCGGCCACAACAUCGGAAAGCUGUUCGGCCCCUCGUUCAAUGCGGGAGAUGUCAUCGGUUGCGGCGUCAACUUUCGCGACCACACGGCGUUUUUUACCAAGAACGGCGUCAAACUCGGUGUGGCGUUUCAUGAUGUCACCCGGUCCAAGUUAUAUCCUGCCGUUAGUCUUAAGAAACCUGGCGAAGAAGUAUCGGUGAAUUUCGGCCAGACGCCGUUUGUAUACGACAUUGACGAUAUGAUGAGGGAGCAACGAGCCAAGAUUCGGGCAGAAAUAGAAAACACCGACAUCUCGACGCUCGAGCCUGGCCUAAGCGAAACAGAUCUCAUGCAAGCGCUGGUCCUGCAGUUUCUGCAGCAUGACGGCUACGUGGAUUCAGCCCGCGCGUUUGCCGAGGACAUUAAGCAACAGAAGGAAGCGUUGAGACUGGACCCCAGCGUCCCCGUUGAAGGCAUCAAUAUUAAAGAUGACGAAGACGCUAAUAACAGACAGCGCAUUCGGAGAGCCAUCCUGGAAGGCGACAUCGAUCGGGCCCUGAAGCUGACAAACGCCUACUACCCGCAAGUGUUCCGGGAAAACGAGCAGGUGUAUUUCAAACUGCGGUGUCGAAAGUUUAUCGAACUGGUCAGGACGGCGGCGCAGCUGCGCAUGGGUGGUGAUGCCAAGGGGAGCAACGGCUACGGACAGGACAUGGAUGUUGACGGCGGCGGCAGAGACGGCGCGUCUUGGACCGACAGCAUGGCGCUGGACGAAGACGCGCAGGAUCCUUCGGAGCUGCAGAAGCUGGAGCAGCAAAUGCUGGAGUACGGCAAGACCCUCAGCGCCGAGUACACCGACGACGCGCGAAAGGACGUCGGCAAGGCGCUCACCGAGAUCUGGGGCUUGGUAGCGUACGCCAACCCGCUCAAAGAACCGCUAGUGAGCCACCUGCUCGACCGGAACGGCAGAGUCGCCGUGGCCGAGGAGCUCAACUCCGCAAUCCUGUCGUCUCUGGGUAAAUCCUCGCGCGCGGCGCUGGAGAAACUCUACGCCCAGUCGCUCGUGCUGCUCGAGGAUUUGAGGACGGACGGCGGCCCGGGCGCCUUUGUCUCGGUGCAGGACGUACUUGACAGUAUCAAAGUUUUGCCGUCUCUGUGA